GCGGUAAAGAGAAACGGCCUCAAAACAAAGGAAUUCUUCCUCCAGCCCUCGGUGCAGGAUCCCAGCCUCCGACCUGCAACGCGCCAGCCAAGGAGCCUGCAGAGCGCCGCGCGGGUUGCAGACCCUAGCGGGGGAGUGCGCGCUCCGCCUGCCCAAACUCCGCCUGCCCGCGGUGCGCGGAGACGACGGCGCGAUGCGGCUCCUCGCCACGCGGGAAGCAGCGAGGACACUCCCCUUUCCCGGGCCCCAGAAGUGGCGGAGGUAGUGGCGGUGACGACGACGACGACCACUAGGGAGCCUUGCGCGUUUAAAUCCCCCAAGCGGCUCAGUCUGAACGAGGGAUGUUUCCCGCAGUAGCGGCGCUGCACUGCAAGGCUCGGCCAGACGUGUUCCUGGCUGCGCUGGAGUGAAGAAGGCGCGAUUUGGCGGCGCUUGGCACCGACCGAGGCUUCCUUCUUGUGCUCUAGGGGAGGUGGCGCCGAGGAUAAAGGUUGGAACGGACUGAGAUUUGUCCUCGCUCCUGUGAGGGAAAUCUGCUUUGGAGAAGCCUGCCUGCCUGCCUGGCCCAAGCUGAGGUGGACGGAAGAUGCACAGUGAAUCGUUGAGAAAUGGAAUACCUUUUUGACGCCGACUGAAGGAAAUUCCCGUGCCAGCUUGCUGACCCAAGGGGGAGAUUGAUGCAGAAUCUCCCCCUAAAAUGUUCUGAAAAUGUACAGUAUUGCCAUUAAUUUAUUCCACUGAAAUAACUGCAGAAAUAUAUUCUGGAAUGACGAUAUUCAAUGCUCACUGAUAGUCAAUAAUUAUUACUAUUACUAUAAUAAAGGACCACAUUCUCAAGUCCAUUGAAGGAGCACUGAGGAUGCCAUCGAUCACAAGAGCUUCAGGUGAGAAUGGGACUGUCGGCGAGGUCGAGGCGCGCUGCGGGGAGAUGGAGAUGGCGCAGCCGGCGCAGCUAGCGUCGCCGAGGAAAGCUGCCGGUGGCGAGCAAGCGGCGGCGAGGAGCAGCCCGCCGUCCGCCCCGAUGGAGCGGCGCGCUGCGGUAGACGGCGAGGACGGCAUCCUCGGCAGCGGCGGAACCAGCGCCGAAUCGCCCGCGCCCUGCGGCUUCAGCUCCUCGCUGUGCUUCAGCUCUCCCGGAGACAAAGCCCCGGCGCCCGAGCGCGACGCAGCCUCCUCGCCGUCGUCGGCGGGCAGCGGCGGAGGCAGCCGCGUGGUGCAAAGCCAGUGGGAGAUCAACAACGCGGCGUCCGAGUCGGAGGAGGAGGAAGGUGGAGGGGAAGGCAGCAGCAGUAGCAGCAGCAGCCAGCCAUCGUCGUCGUCGCAGCAGCAGCCGUCGUCCCCUCCGGCUGCCGCGCAGGCCGUCGGCGAAGCGCUCCUGCAGGACCCUUGCGCCUCUCCGCCGGGGGGGACGCAGCCGGAGGAAGAGCCCGACCUGGUGAUCGAGGUGUCGGGCCGUCGGAUCCGCGCGCACAAGGCGGUGCUGGCGGCCAAGAGCGACUACUUCCGCGCGCGCUCGUCCAGGGACAUCCUGCGCGUCAAGGGCGUGAGCUACGCGGCGCUGCGCCUGCUGCUCGACUACGUGUACACGGCGCGCAUGGGCGACGUGCGCCACGACAACCUGGCCGAGGUGGUGAGCGGCGCGCGGGUGCUGCAGAUGCCGUGCGCGCUGCACUGCGCCGCCGAGGCCAUGAGGGCGCAGCUGCGCCUCGACAACUGCCUGCAGCUGCUGGCCCUGGCCAAGAAGCAGCGGCUGGCCGAGCUGCGCGAAGCCGCCUACCGCUUCAUGAGCGACCACUACCUGCAGGUGCUGCGCGAGCCCGCCGUCUACGGGCGCCUCAGCGGCGCCGAGAGGGACCUGAUCCUGCAGCGCCGCCUCGACGCCGGCAAGCCCUGCCUGCUGGUGGCCGAGGUGAGCGACGCCUUCGAGAGGCUCAACGCCGGGAGCAGGCCGCAGAGCCGAGAGAGCAGCAGGCCGCAGAGCCCCUCCUCCGUGGUGUCCCUGGACGACGGUGGCUACCUGCUCUACAGCUACCACGAGGCGGCCAAGGAGUGGAGGGUGCUGACCCGGCUGCCCGAUGAGGCCAACGCCAAGGGGUGUGCCAUGUGUGUGCUCUACAACUACCUCUUCCUGGCUGGGGGCAUCUCCACAGGGCCGGGGGAGCCCCGUACCAGGCUCUCCGACAAGGUCUUUUGCUACAACCCCUUGACGGACACCUGGAGCCAGGUGAAGCCCAUGGGGCAGCCUCGCUCACAGCUGAAGCUGCUGGCCCUCGACGGCUAUCUCUACGCGGUGGGCGGCGAGUGUCUCUUCACGGUGGAGAAGUACGACCCCCGGGCGGAUCGGUGGAGCCCGGUGGCUCCUCUGCCGAAAGGGGCUUUUGCCGUGGCUCACGAAGCCACCACCUGCAACGGGGAGAUCUACGUGUCGGGCGGGUCGCUCUUCUACCGCCUGCUCAAGUAUGAUCCCAAGCGGGAUGAGUGGCAGGAGUGCCCGUACAACAGCAGCCGGCGACGCUCCGCCGACAUGGUGUCCUACAAGAACUUCAUCUACCGCUUCGACGUGAGCAGCAGCCGUGGGGAACCGGGGCAGGCCGGUGGGGUGGAGGUCUUCCGGUACAAUUCGGUGGCCAAGCACUGGAGUCAGUGUGCUUCCUUGCGCCCCAGUGGCAACCCGGUGCAGCCGUUCCGCUGUGCUGCCUUGGGCAGUGCCAUCUACUGUGUCAACCGGACUGGAAUGCUGUGCUUUGCCCUGUCCCAGAAUGGCGAGGUGGAAGCAGAUGGUGGACUCAAGGGGAGCUUUGAGCCAGAACUUCUCAAAGCCCCAUUUGAUACUAAAGGGGUCCUUCUCCCGUUUGUACUUACCCUGCCGGAGAAAGAGAAAACGGGGGAGCCAGAAAGUCCUCUGACGUUAUGAGAACUGACCUAGCUCUGGGAAGGCCGGCUGGAGUUUAUCUCAGUGCUUUGCUCUGAUGAAUAUCGGCAGGACCAGGCCUCUGCCAAGGGAAGGGUCAGAGCAGGUGCAUGGUCUCCAGCCUUCAUUGGUGGUGGUAGUGAUUGGGGCUGCAGUUUAACUU